GGGGGGGGAAAAAAGCCUGCGUGAGUUCAGUGGAGUUACACGAUUGUUGUUCUGCUGUCGGAGGACCAAAGAUGGAAUCCAGUUAACUCUCAGAACAUUCCUGUGUCGACGUGGGUGUUUUAGCCCGGGUUUGAUGCGUCGUAAGGGACAAAGUUGGCGCAUGGAGAGCGACGAACUUUCGCUUUUGACGCAGCGUCUUUUUGUGUGAACCAGUGCCUUUUUUUUUUUUUUUUUUGCGUGUUUUAUUUUAUUAUUGUUUGGGGGGAAGGAGGGUGGCUGACGAACGCACCUCUCAAAGUUCUACGUGGCAGACCGGAGAACUUUGGCUGACAUGGUGGACAACAAACCCAUUCUUCAGGACAGACCGCCCGCCUACAACACCGUUCCCGGGGCUUACGCGUAUGGCCCCCCGGCGCAGCAGCAACACGGCUACGGGGCCAUCCUCGCCGCAGCUCCGCCGCCCUAUCACUACCCAGACGCCGGCCAUGGCUAUCCCCCACCCCAGAUGGGAGCGCCCAUGUCCCAUCAGCCCUACUCUGGAACCUACACAGUCAUCCAACCCUCCGUUGUGGUGGUAGGAGGCUGCCCGGCCUGCAGAGUUGGCGUUCUGGAGGACGACUUCACCUGCCUGGGAAUCCUGUGUGCCAUCUUCUUCUUCCCACUGGGCAUCCUCUUCUGCUUUGCCCUGCGUCAGAGGCGAUGUCCCAACUGCGGGGCCACAUUUGGAUAGACCAAGCAAACAAAAAGCGUACAACACAUACACACACACACACACGAUGCACAAAAAGAUUGGGAUAUUGGGCUUUGAGGUGUAAUUUCAGGGUGAACCUAAAUUGCACUGUAACCUUAACAGGUGAAUAAAAUUUGACCGUCUGGAAACUUUCGACUUUUUCGACUUUCGGAAACUGCAAAGUUUGCAACGGGUUUUUGAUCCAUGAAAAUUUCCAAUCACUUGAAUGCCUUUCUGUGACUCUUUCAGUCUCUCUUGCAACCUGCUGAUGACACACGGCGACACUGCACUUUGUAGCCACUUCCUCUGAGAACAUCCUGUUUGAAAUACCGUUCAUCAAUUGUUUCUGACUUACUCCCACCUCUGGUAAAAUAUUAGGCAACAUGAGACCAGAAGAUGUUGGUGAUUGAAUUUUGCAACGAUAAUGCAAGGUGAAGGAAAACAAAAUGUCAACACUUGGAUAAGACCAUCCUGUCUGUAAUCGAAGUGUCUUAAAAAAAAAAAAGUGUUCUGACUCAGUGUAAAAAAAAAUCUAUAUCUUUGUAUUCUUUUUCUUUUCAUAAAAAAUUAAAACGGGUCCCAAAUGCCAUACAAGCUUUUAAAUACCAAUUCUAAGUGAACUAGGAAAUGUAUCGUCCGUUCAUGUAUUUGUCCAUUCAUGGAUUAUUUUGCUGUCCAGCUCCUUGGUGGAUAACAGCAAAAGGUAUUGAAACAAACAUUUUGGACGUGUGGUCAAAAGUUUACAGAAGGUCAAAUGAAGUUCACCUGUAAAGGUUACAGUUCAUCCGGAAAUUUCACACCAAAGCCCAGUAUCCUGAACCUUUUGUGAAUAGUGUAUACAACCACAAUCCCAAGUAUUUUUAUGCCUUCCUUCCUCAUCACAUACUGCUGUCGCUGACAUGAAAGAUGCUAAAAUGUAGAUUCAGAUGAUUAUAUUUGAGGCUGGAUUAUUAUUAUUUUUUCAUCAAUUAUGACCUGGAGCGAUACUUUUUUUGUCAAUUCGAAUUGACGUGGCUCAGUGCUGCUGACCAAUCCCAUAUUUUUGGAUGGACAACCAAGAAGUGAAGGAUGUAAAUAAAAUGGACAGCUGCCUGCAGCGUAUUUUGUUGUGUAUUCAUCUCUGGAGGCCAUAUUUGCACUGAUUGUUUAUGAUUCUGCUCGCUUCCCUGACCCCUUUCAGCGUCUUCUCCAGGGCCAUAAACGCCGACCUCAGGUACUUUCUCACCCAUCACUGUUGGAAGAGUGGACACGUAUCAUGUUGAGAGCGUGGAAAUGAUUCAAAGAAGUGGAUGGAUGUGUCUUAGCGGCCUAUUCCUCUUCCUCAGAACAAUCAAAAACAUGUCAUUGUCUUCCAGCAAAGUUGACAUAAAAAAAUACAAAAUAAGUGUCGUGGCAGACAACUUUUUUUGCUUUUGUAAGCAAACACUACGCACGCAUGUUCCUAUGAUUAAGGUUCUUACUUUUUAUAUACUCUAUACUAGUUUGUGGUAUUAAAAAAAUGUUACCCAA